AUGGCAGAUAGCUACGCUCGUGCAGGGUAUUUCACCGUGGCCAUCGACACCUUCGAAGGAGACCCAGCACCGUACCCGUUGGGUGCAAAUCCUGACUUUGAUGUUGGGAUAUGGUGGCAGGGCCACCUCCCCAAUGUGACCGAUCCCAUCGUUGAGACGGCCAUUGAGUACGUCCGGCACUCACUCGGAUUUCCUCGGGUCGGCAUUGCCGGAUAUUGCUACGGCGGAUACUACUCGGCCCGCUUCCUGGCGGAUAACCGUACCAUUCGCGCGGAUGCCGCCUUUGCUGUCACGCCGAGCCAGGCCGUGUCUGGGGUCGCUGACACUCUGGCCGAGAUCGCGUUGGUGUCCGGGCCGAUCACCUAUGCUUUCGCAGAAAUCGACAACAGGAUGCCGAGAGAUUUAGUGAAUGACAUCGUGGACACGCUGAACAACAGUCGAGCCACGGAUGCUCCCUAUCAGUCGGUGGUGUAUGGAAACAGUAAUCAUGGUUUUGGACUCCGCGGCGAGACCUUGAAUCUCCAGGCGGACAAUUCUUCCAAUCCGGAAGAGGUGUUUGCGAAGGAGUCGGCUUUCUUACAGUCCGUCAGGUGGUUCGACACGUACCUCUAA